AAAAAUGGCAGCCAACUACUUUGUGCACGAGAAGAUCUGGUUUGAUAAAUACAAGUACGACGAUGCUGAGAGACGAUACUACGAGCAGAUGAACGGGCCAGUUGGCGGCUCUUCACGCCAGCAGGAGAACGGAGCCAGCACGAUCCUACGCGACAUUGCCAGAGCCAGGGAGAAUAUCCAGAAAUCGCUGGCCGGAAGCGCAAGCGCAGCUGCUCCUGGGCCUGCUGGUGACCACAAUGAACUCCUUGCCAGAAUUUCUCACCUGGAGGUAGAAAAUCAAAACCUUCGCAGUGUUGUUGCAGACCUUCAGAUGGCCAUCUUCAAGUUGGAAAGCCGUCUGAAUGCUCUGGAGAAGUCAUCUACCUCUCACCAGCCUUCACCGGUUCCUCCAACCCAGAAAGUGGAACCGUUCAGCGUUCCCUCCAAGAAAGUGGAGCUUCCAUCUACUUCACCAGCAAAGAAAGUUGAGCCUGCUGCUGCAGAGGAAGAUGACGAUGAUGACAUCGACCUUUUUGGUAGCGAUGAUGAAGAGGAAGACCAAGAGGCUGCCAAAGUCCGGGAGGAGAGACUGCGGCAGUACGCAGAGAAGAAGGCCAAGAAACCGGGUCUUAUUGCCAAGUCUUCUAUCCUUUUGGAUGUGAAGCCAUGGGACGAUGAGACUGACAUGACGAAGAUGGAGGAAUGCGUCCGGUCCAUCCACAUGGACGGGUUGGUUUGGGGAGCCUCCAAGCUGGUCCCAGUAGGCUAUGGCAUUAAGAAGCUCCAGAUCCAGUGCGUAGUGGAGGAUGAGAAAGUGGGGACAGACAUCCUGGAGGAGGAGAUCACCAAGUUUGAAGACUACGUGCAGAGCGUUGACAUUGCUGCUUUCAACAAGAUCUAGAAAUGCAACUGUUGUCUCCUCUGGAACUGUAACUAAUAAAAGAUGAGGAUUGGGAGUGCAG